AUGAUAAGCCUAGUUAUUGCAUCUGUUUCCAGUAUUUUCACAGAUCAAUCUGCUCUUCUUGCCUUAAAGGCUCAAAUUUCUUAUGACCCUCACAAUAUUCAGAAAAACAAUUGGUCCACUGACACCUUUGUUUGUAGUUGGAUCGGUAUUACUUGUGAUUUCCGUCAUCAUCGGGUUACAGCCUUGAACCUUUCAUACAUGGGUCUCGUAGGCACCAUUCCUCCACACAUGGGGAACCUUUCAUUUCUUGUUAGCUUAAGCCUCAAAAACAAUAGUUUUCAUGUCUAUGUGCCCAAUGAGUUGGCUCGCCUUUACCGAUUGCAGUACUUAUCUUUUGAAUUCAAUGAUUUCAGCGGAGAAAUCCCAUCAUGGAUGGGGCUCUUGUCCAAACUUCAAUUUUUGUCUUUAAAUGGUAACUCUUUCACAGGUCAUAUUCCGCUAUCUCUAUCUAACAUAUCUUCAUUGGAAAUAUUAAAUCUCGGAUAUAACAAGCUUUCAGGCUCCAUUCCAUCCUCCAUCUUCAACAUGUACAAUUUGCAAGGAAUUGAUCUCAGGGAUAACAUACUUUCUGGUCCGAUGCCCUCCAUUAUUUCCAACAUGUCGUCACUGCAAGUCAUUAACCUAGGAGGUAAUAAGCUUUCCGGUCCACUCCCUAUGGAUAUGUUUGAUCAUCUUCCCAACUUGCAACAGCUUCGAGCAUCUUAUAAUCAAUUUUAUGGCCAACUUCCAUUCACUUUGUUCAAAUGCAAACAACUGCAAUAUUUAUCAUUGGCGAAGAAUGAUUUCAACGGAAGUGUACCUUUUGAAAUUGGGAACUUAAAUAUGCUCGUAGAGUUAUACCUUGAUAACAACAACUUUGGAGCUGUUGGGGAGAUUCUGUUGACAUCCCGUGAUGUGGGGGAUCCACAGGGGCACAUGAAUGUGAUUAGGACCAAUUAG